AUGCCUCAAAAAGAAGCUGUUUCGACCGACAAGGCGCCACCGCCAUUGCCCUUCUUCUCCCAGGCCAUUAAAUGUCAAGGAAUGGUUUAUUGCUCUGGUAGCAUUGGGAUGGAUGUUGCUACAAUGAAGCUCGUCGAAGGAGGUGUUGCUGAUCGAACCAAACAAGCAAUUUUGAACCUCCAGGCGGUUUUGGAAGCCGCUGGCAGUAGUCUUGACAAUGUUGUCAAAGUCAACGUCUUCCUAACCGACAUGCAGAAUUUUGCAGCCAUGAACAAAGUCUAUGUAGAAUUCUUCCAUAAGGAUCCCAAGCCAGUCAGGACUUGCGUUGCGGUACACCAAUUGCCACUCGGGACCGAUGUGGAAAUUGAAUGUACAGCUCAUCAGGGAGAAGAGUUCUUGUCGUCAACAAAUUUGCUAUCAAGGCCAAAUCUUAUGACCAAGGAUUGGUAG